GAUGACCGGAGACUGCGGACACAGUACAGGAGAUGACCGGAGACUGCGGACACAGUACAGGGGAUGACUGGAGACUGCGGACACAGUACAGGAGAUGACCAGAGACUGCGGACACAGUACAGGGGAUGACUGGAGACUGCGGACACAGUACAGGAGAUGACCAGAGACUGCGGACACAGUACAGGAGAUGACCAGAGACUGCAGACACAGUACAGGAGAUGACCAGAGACUGCAGACAGUACAGGAGAUGACCAGAGACUGCGGACACAGUACAGGAGAUGACCAGAGACUGCAGACAGUACAGGAGAUGACCAGAGACUGCAGA